CCGAUCGCCUACAGUUCCCAGUAGACGUUGCGUUUGAGGAGCGUGCUUGCAACCGCAGGGGGCAUCGAGCAGAUGAUAGGGAUGUUUCCAUCAUGGCGGCAUCCAUUUCAGGUUAUACUUUUAGUUCUGUGUGUUAUCACAGCGCCAACAGCAACUCAGAUCAUGAGGGCUUCCUAUUAGGAGAUGUAAGGCAAGAAGAGACUGUCAGCAUCAGUGACACACAGAUCAGCAGUGCAGAAUUGCUCCAGGUAGUAGAAAUCCAUAACCAUGAUCCUUGUACACAGUUAUUUAGCUUUUAUGACUACGCAGGGAAACUCAAUGAAGAAAAUCUCAACAGCAUUCUUAAAGAUAGGCGGAAAAACGUCAUUGGUUGGUAUCGGUUCCGGAGAAACACGCAGCAGCAGAUGUCGUUCAGGGAACAGAUCAUCCACAAACAGCUGACUCAGCUGCUUGGUGUUCCCGACCUUGUUUUCCUUCUUUUCAGCUUUAUCUCCACCACCAACAGCUCCACGCACGCACUGGAGUAUGUGCUCUUCAGACCUAACCGCAGUAGGUUCAACCAGAGGAUCACUCUUACAAUCCCAAACCUUGGCAACACAAGCCAGCAGGAAUACAAAGUCUCCUCAGUGCCCAACACCUCACUCAGCUACACGCAGGUCAUCAAAGAGCAUGGAGCUGAAUUCUUUGACAAAGAUGGUGUGAUGAAGGAUAUCCGAACAAUAUUCCAAGUCUACAGUGCACUACAAGAUAAAUUGCAGGCUGUGUGUGGGGAGGUAGAACAAAGUGAACGUGUGAGGGAGAAAAUUCAAGAGGAUGUGAACAAACUCAAACAACAAAUUGCUCUCAGGAAACACAAGACUGCAGAAGAGGAGAGAAGGCUCUGUGCGGCCCAAAAUGCAGACUCCCAUCCCACUCCAGAGGAGAACACAGAACCUUCUGAGGCUUCCCCUCUUUCCAGGAUAACCUUCCACACACCCUCUGCUCCGGAGCGGCCCAGUACCUCACCUAACCCGCCAUCUUAUUCUGACCUCUUGUCCCAGGAUGACUCUCUGCUCUCCUCUUCUUCUCCACCUACCAGUGCUGCUCUACUGCCCCGGCCCCAAGCUGUGGGCUCUCCAGGACACCCUACCCCCGGUCCACUGGGGAUGGGCCCCGGGUUAGGGCUGGGUCUGGGCCUUGGUGCCAGCUCUAAUCCUGUUACCACUCCCAGCACCCCGUACCUUGGCAAUGGUGACGGAUCAAGCUCUGACUCGUUGGACAGACAAGCUGCAGGGCAAGAAGAUGACGAAGAUGAUGAGGACGAAGAUGAGGACAGUAGCGAAUAUGAGAACUUAGUGAGUGAAGCCGGUCAUCCGCCAAUGGUCUCUGCCAGCGUUUUAGCACAAGGCCGACCAGCUGCCCUCAGUCCGGAUGGGGAUGCUCGUGGAUCUCAGACCACAUAGAAACAUGCCACAGGGUGUGUAUGGGACACAAAUAAGUGACGCACCUUAAGAGGUGGGCAUCUCAAGCAAUCAAAGAUAGACAAAUGUAUACAAAAGAAGUGCCAGUCCUGAAAGUGAAAGGCAUGCACAUGUUUCUUGUCUUAGUCUGAUCUCCAUUUUAAUGGGAAACUUUGUUUGGCUUUGUAGGCUUAACAGUUGUGUCUCACUGGGGGUAAAGAAAGGGUUUUCAUUUUCCUUUCUGAAAUGGGUUCUGGGUACUUCAGUGUGGAUGUUUGGGCUCCCUAAAAGACAGGCCCUGCUUCAUGCUUAAUACAUCUUUUUGUUUCAUAUUUGCACCACCAACUCUGAGCACCCACUCUUGCACUAUUUUUUUGCCUUCUUUUAAACAAACCAUCUAAGAAAAGCAAAGGGAGAAUAGUCUGCGGCCUUCGAACAAUUUUUAAAUGGUUAAGUUUUUAUUUUUUAAUUUGAAAAAGAUAUUUAUGAAACUAGAAUUUCUUUAACAUGCACAUUUCUCUGAUUUGAUUUUGGAUUUCUUAGAUAUUAUUUUCCAUGUUCCACAGUCUUUAAUUAAUCAUACAGUUGACUAUUUAAAUGAUGAAGAAUAGAUUUCAAUCUAAAUUUGCUCUGCCACUUCUAUGGGUGCUUUACAUAUACUUAUAUAUUUUGUCAGAUUAAUAGUUGAUCUAAUUUGAUUGACAAGAAUGUCAAUGUCUUGUUCCACUUGGUUAACACUGACAUUGUAUGCGCUUUACUGCACUAAAAAAAAAUUUAAGUUUUCUUUAUUAUUGUGCUUUACCAAUGCUGUCACGUUGCGCCACUGGAGUAGUCCUCUUCGACCACCCUGAGCCAAACUCUGCUCAGCUUUUGUUUGUUGUAUGGGGCUCACAGGGCGAACAAUAUGUGCUGUAGCUUUACUAACCAGACGCGUAAGGUUCCUUCUGCUGCUGCAACACAGACAGCUACCACUAAAAUACUGCAUCUGUCUGUUCUUCUUCAUAUAAAACCCUGGCUGCUAUUUCCACUUCACAGUGCUGGUUGUCUCCAAUGCUACCAACCGUGAUCAUAUAACCACUCAAGCUCACUUCUCACUGACUUGUUCUCUAUUAAAGUCAAAAUGGAAGGCCGAUACCCCCUGUAGUGUGUGUGAAUUGUAACCUUGGGAACAGAGAGCGAGCAAUCAUCUGCCUGUCUUGGCAUAAUCGACAGCAGACCUUGUGUAUUCUGACCUGGUUGGGUCGAUGUUACUGUAUAUGUACGUGUAUGGACCUGGAUAAUGUGAUGAAAACCUCGUGAACUUGCUUCAGUAUACAGUGCCUUCCACUCGGGGCAGUUUCUAUCUGCACACAGAACACAUUCACAGAUCUCUCUUGAGGGGUAUAACAAACUGUGUUGUGUUUGCAAUAAUCGGCUUCCAGCUUUCUUUUUAAAGUCCUGCAGGUAAAUGACUCCCAUUCCAUGGUGUGGUGUUAUGUCUAUCUGAAACCGUCUUCACUGCUUCCUAAAGCUUUUUUUCUUUCACUGACAACUUCUGAGUGGAUCUGCAUCUCAUGGUUGCAGCUGUGACGUCGCUUGCUUUAUUAUUCAAAACUGGAAUUAUAACUGUAUACUUCCUGCAAUGCAGAGGUGGUAUGAUGAGCAUGACUGACAUGCAGAUUACUUUUUAAAAACAUCUUGGCCUGUUUGAAGACAACUUCGAUUCUAGACACUUGUAUUCAGCAUGGGCAGACGUUUGCACUGCACAUGAAGGAUGUUGCACUCACAAAUGAAGACAUUUUGUGGUGGGAGAAGCUUUGCCUUGUGAACAAGCUUUUUUGUUUUGUUUGUUUUUUUACACAGACUGUUUUUAUGUCAUGGUUUUUGCCUCAUUUUAUUUGCCCUGAUGUGUAUUGCCAACGCAUCACUUAUCGGGGACUGGCACUCAAAAUGUUAAGUAAUAAUCACCCAGAGUAACACAAUCACACAAUGUUAAAAUAAAUGACAAAAUCAGUUUGGUAGGAAUAUUGUUUCCUUUUAAGUACUGGAAUAUAAUAAGGAAAUAUAUAAUGAAUGUAUAGUAGACAAGGGGGGGUGUUAACAUUUAAACAACACUUACUGUAUAAGCUUGUCUCAGUUGAGUGUUGUGGUGGUAUAGAGCAGCAGUUCUCAAUGUUGGUCCUCAAUCUUAAUCCUUGCCCUCAGUCCCUAGAUGAUUGCUUUUUUAAGUCUUUCAAGCUGACAUCCCCAGGUGUAAUCCUGACUUGAUAGCCAGAAUGAAAACCAGCAGGGCUCUGAUGCUGAGGGCCACUGUUCUAAAGCUUGAGAGGAGUAACAUUGUUAGGAUCCUAUAGCUUUCAAGUUCCAUCUAAGUAGAAAUGUUCACUCAUGUACUCUUAAUGUAGGGGGUGACCCUUUCCUUCCUUCCCUGAGUAUGCCAUUGCAACAUCAACACCUCCCUGACAGCACAAAGUCCAGUGCACAGCUUCAAACUUCUCAGCUUUUAUCUGGACGAUGUGUACUUGACGAAAGUAGACCAGAGCUUGCUUGGACGAGCACGGAGAAUAUUGUUCUUAUAAGUGGGGGACAAUAAAUGAGAUAUGUGCUAUGA